GGGAUCCUGUUGUAUUGUUUUGGUCCAGUCGAGCCCUCUCACCAAAAUGACAGCGAGGAAGUCUGGGUCACGACUGGAGACCGAGAUAGAGCGGUGCCGUUCAGAAGGGCAGUGGGACAAGAUACCGGAAUUAGUACGGCAGCUUUCAGCCAAACUAAUAUCAAACGAUGACCUAGGGGAGUUGCUGCUGGGGGAUUGCAAGCUUCAGACAUACCUGAAGGAGAACCCCAUCAAACAGGGAUCCAGUCCCAGGGGCCCACGACCUAAACUGGUAGAGGUCAGGAAACACCUCACUGCUGCUCUGGACAGAGGAAACCUCAAGGCCGAUUACCUCCAGGAAGCCAGUUUGUUGAUGGCCAAACUGUGCUACGUGGAGGGAGAAUACAGAGACGCUUUAGAUCACUACAGCAGGGUGAACCUGGAUGACAUGCAGCUGGUGGGAGCUCCUGUGUAUAGGCUGUCCAUGAUAGCAGAGGCAUACGCUACUAAAGGACUGUGUCUAGAGAAGGUCCCAGCCGUCUCUCCAUCUCUAUCCAAUAAGAACCCUGGGUCUCCAUCAUCCAAUAGGAACCCAACAGAGCAGGAGCAGGAAAUAAUCACCUGCUAUGAAAAGUCCGGAGACAUCGCUCUGCUCUACCUGCAGGAGGCUGAGAAGGCGUUGUCGGCAGGAAUUCAGAACCGCAGCCCAAAGCCCGGCCCGACAGCCCAGGACCUGGAACUGGGCUACUUCCUGGAGACGGGCCUGCAGAGAGCCCACGUCAUCCACUUCAAGAAUGGCAACCUGACACGAGGCGUGGGCCGGUUUCGGGAGAUUCUUCGGGCUGUUGAGAACAGAACCACCCAGAGCCUGCGCAUGACCAUAGCCAGACAGCUUGCAGAGAUCUUGCUCAGAGGAAUGUGUGAACAGAGUUACUGGUCUCCUCUGGAAGACCCACCCACAGUGUCGCCACUAGAUGAUCCCACACGGCAAGGACACACUCACAGCAAGAACUACAGCUUAAGCCGACGCCCACGAGUGUACUCGGGAGAGAAUCUGUUUUGCCCUCAGGAGAACACAGAAGAAGCUUUGCUGCUGCUGCUCAUCAGUGAGUCCAUGGCUAACCGUGACGCUGUCCUGAGCAGAAUUCCUGAACACAACAAUGACCGUAUCAUCAGCCUGCAGUCUGCCUCUGUGGUGUACGACCUGCUGACUAUAGCUCUGGGCAGGAGAGGGCAGUACGAGAUGCUGUCAGAGUGUUUGGAGAGAGCAAUGAAGUUUGCCUUUGAGGAGUUCCAUUUGUGGUACCAGCUCGCCCUGUCGCUGAUGGCAGCUGGGAAAUCAGCUCGUGCCGUUAAGGUCCUUAAGGAGUGUAUUCGUCUGAAGCCUGACGACCCCACCAUCCCACUGCUGGCUGUCAAACUGUGCAUCGGACCUCUGCACUGGUUGGAUGAAGGUGAGUGCUUUGCAAAGAUGGUGAUUGACAUGGGGGAGAAAGCAGCUGAGUUCAGAGCCAAAGGCUUCUUGGCCAUCGGGCUGGUUUACAGCCUCAAAGCCACUGAUGCAUCAUUGCGAAGCACACAGGAGGAGUACCAGAGGAAAGCUUUGGGAGCCUUCCAGAGAGCUCAGAGUCUGUCUCCUACUGACCAUCUAGCAGCCUUCUACUUGGCGCUGCAGCUUGCUGUGUCCAGACAGAUCCCCGAGGCACUAGGCUAUGUCCGACAGGCGUUGCAGCUUCAAGGGGAUGAUGUCCACUCCCUUCAUCUGCUGGCCCUGCUGCUCUCUGCUCAGAAACACUACCACGACGCUCUCAAUAUUAUAGAGAUGGCUCUGUCCGAGUACCCUGAGAACUUCAAUCUGCUGUAUACCAAGGUGAAGCUGGAGUCAAUGUGUAGAGGACCAGAAGAAGCUCUGCUCACCUGUAAACACAUGCUGCAGAUCUGGAAGAGCUUUUACAACCUUACCAACCCCAGUGAUUCUGGGCGUGGCAGUAGUCUGUUGGACAGAGCCAUAGCAGACAGACGACAGCUCAACGCCAUGACUCUGCCGGACUUCAGUGACCCUGAGACCGUCUCAGGUUCUUCCUCUUCUCACUCUGGUUCUGAACCGGUCUCCCCCAUCUCCCCAUCCACCAUUUCCACCCUCUCCUCCCCACUGUCCUCCCCCUCUUCCUCUGUCUUCAUCCUGCAGCCUCCUCCUCCGCCCAAAAACCCAUCUGUCCUCCCUCCUCCUCCCCCUCCCCCUCCUCCUCCUGCACCCACCAAGACCAGGACUCAGUCCUUUUGCAGCCACGUCACUCUCCGCCAGCUCUCCUCCAAUUGCGGCCUUCAGGACGCUAACACUCUUGGUUUUUCCUCCAUGUUUUCUGUUUGUUCGGUUCAUGCCACAUCUAUAGCAGCCAGUCGCGUAGAGCAGGCUCUGUCUGAGGUAGCCUCCUCACUGCAGAGCAGUGCCCCCAAACAUGGACCCCUGCACCCCUGGAUGACCCUGGCGCAGAUCUGGCUGCAUGCAGCUGAGGUGUACACCGGCAUGUCGAAGCCUGCAGAGGCCUCGGCCUGCACACAAGAAGCCGCCAACCUCUUCCCCACAUCUCAUAACGUGCUGUACAUGAGGGGGCAGAUAGCCGAGCUGAGGGGCAACAUGGACGAUGCCAAACGCUGGUAUGAAGAGGCCCUGUCCAUCAACCCGACGCAUGUCAAGACCAUGCAGAGACUGGGUCUGAUUCUUCACCAGCUGCAGCGCUACAGUCUGUCUGAAAAGGUCUUGAGGGAUGCUGUGCAGGUCAACAGCACGGCUCAUGAUGUGUGGAACAGCCUGGGUGAGGUGUUGCAGGCUCAGGGAAACGCUGCCGCUGCCACCGAGUGUUUCCUCACUGCCUUGGAGCUGGAGGCCAGCAGCCCCAUUCUGCCCUUCACCAUCAUACCCAGAGCACUAUGAGACAUUCACUUUGACAGUUAUAGCCUCACUACUGUGGCACAAGUGACCCCCAUACACACACACACACACACACACACACACACACACACACACACACACACACACACACACACACACACACACACACACAGCAUGCCUGCAUGCAUGCCACUUACACAAGGUUUAAAUGCCAUACCCUCAGAUACACACACACACACACACACACACACACACACACACACACACACACACACACACACACACACACACACACACACACACACAGUAAAUGCAAUUCGUACUCAAAAACAUACAUACACGCUUCCCCCCACCCACCAACCCUUCCCACAAUGCUUUGCUGUGGCUGUGAGCCCUGGCUGUGUGUGCGUGUGUGUGUGUAUGGGGGGCAUGUGUCAGUGCGCGGAUACAUUGCAUGUGUGUGUCGAUCUGCACUUUCUGUGUCGAUCUGCACUUUCUGUGUGCCUGUUUUUGACUGUGGACCCAUUUCUGUGUAUGUGUGCCAACAUGUUGCAUGUGCAUAUUUGUGUCUGCUUGUAUGUGAUUUGCAGAUGAUUUGUCCUGUUCACACAUGUAAAUAAGAUUCACUUUGAAUUCCUACUCUGCCAUUGCUAGCCUAAUAACAUUUAGUUAUUUAGUCCAAAAAUUUACGAGCCCGCACAGUUUGCUUUUCCUUUCACAUACUGAGGGUACAUCUAGCAAAUUUGACACACCAUGAAUUAUGGGCAAGUUUUAUUAAUGUUUUUUUAUAAGCCAAAUAUUACUGAUAACACUCAUAUGUUCACUUGCUGUAUAGCUGGCUCAGGAAAGCCAGAUCUCUGAGAACCUACUGGAGGAUCAACAGACAUGAUCAUAAGAGCACUGAAGACUCAGUCAGUGACGUUAAUGCCAAAACACAGGCUGCAUUUACACACACAGGAGAUCAGAUAUGAAACUGCUGAUGUCCGAGGGACGGCUGUGGGUUGUUCUUUUCUCCAUUUUUAAAUAAAAGCACAUUUUAUCCCCAGUGUACAGCCUUUACAUGCUCGUUUGUUGAACCGUUUACAAAAUGUUCAAAUAUGUGCGCUAUAAUUCAGUUCUCCCCCCCCCCCAAAAAAAAGCUUUGAAGCUCAAGUAAUUGUUUGCGAAAUGCAUUUUUACAUUCUUGCUGAGACGUAGAUGUACGGUGAAGGUAAAGCUACUGCAAAGCAGACGAUUAACUCACCUUAGUAAAAUGGCUGGAAACGUGGGGAAACAUCUAGCGUGGUAACAAAAUCUGCAUACUGGCAUACAUUUGUAUAAAACAAAUGCAAUGGACAACGGACAGAUGAGAUCUAACAUGCUAAUUAGUGAGCUUUCAAGGUGCUGGUAAGCAGACUUUAUUACCUUUAGACAGAGCUAGGCUUGCCUUUCCCCCGUUUCCAUUGUUUAUGCUAAGCUAGGCUAACCAACGGCUACUUCUCACCUCAUAGCGAAUGAGCGUAUUUCCCCAAAAUGCCACUAUUGCUGUGAAAUAAGUCCAAUUUCCACUUUUGCGUUUGUAAAUGUUUUUAUACUUUUGAUCUAUUUGGACAAGCUGACGGUUUUUAGCGUGAGCAGCUAGAGUCACACAAGCUGAACACAAGAGUGCAACUUUCAAAACCCCCACACCACAAUGUCGCAGGUUAACAUUCAUAUAAACUCGCGGAAAGCUGGAGCUCCUAUGUUACAUUUUAUUUUAACACAUUGUAAGCGUGAAUGGGAGGAAUCUGUUACAGACAUUUUCUAAAAAGUCCGACUUUCUGUUGUGUGUAAAUGCAACCAGUGACUGUGUUAUGUUAAAAUACAACUAGAUGAAUAUUUUUUCCAUUAGAUUUUUGAUUAUAAAGACAAUGGAUUAUUGUUGUAUAUUUGAUUGUUCCCAAUGUAUUAUUAUUAUUAUUAUUAUUAUUAUUUUAGAAAGUAAAUUAUAAUUCUAUUUUCUGGAGAGUGAUGGGAUGCUGUUGGAGAGAUAAAAGGAUGAAGUGGUUCAGUUUGUUGACACGAGUCCUUUGUGGUGUAAAUGAAUGACUGAAAUUAGGAUAAUAAUAAUGACAAAGAUAAUAAAAGUGGUUGAAAAACAA